AUGCUGAUAGUACUCUGCCGUUGUAUUCGCAUGUCCUACUGCCAGAAAGUAACACAGAAUAGUGAUGUGCACUGGAAUGAACUGCAUGCACCAGAUGUUUUGAGGGUCCUGGUGGCUGAAAAGCCUAACUAUUGCCAAAAGCAUAGCUGUUCACUGAAGUGGACAUCAUGUGCAGAAGGGUGCCCGUUCUUUGGUUAUGUCGUCGAUUUCCGUCGAGUAUUUCUGUGUCGCAUGAACGAAUCCCAAGUAAGACGACAUCGGCUGUGAACCUGCAAGGAUCGAUUCGUUGGAGAGUGCUCGUCCAAUCAAAAUUACGAGUGUCUAUGGUGCGUUCGAGAUACCGAUUCAUUCUAUGUCAAGGCUUUCUUCGCUUGAGUGAGUUCUCCGUGGACGAUAUAGUGCACCUACCAUGUACUCAUCGCUACUCUUGUGGGGAAAUAAAGUGCUCUGGA